AUGUCGUGCUGCAACCACGUAACUCUUGUCGAAGUUGAAGGCGAGAAAGAUAUCUACGAUACUGGCCGUUUUGGAAGAGCAAUCAACGAGUUGCCCAGACCGGAUGAGCAGUACCCGAGUCUAGUCCACUUCGUCGGCAAAAAGAGCAAAAACCUAGCUUUGAAAUAUCUUUUCCCUCAAAACAACAUCCGACGAGGUGCUUCAACGAAUGGCUCUACAAACCUCCGCCUCGAUACAACCACGAUCGGUUCCGAUCGACCUUUACUAUUCUGCGACAGUGACCCGUUCGCAGCAGCCUCUACACAUGGAGGUUGGAAUCUCUGUCAUAGUGUUGUUGCUUAUCCGUUGUCAUGGGCUCCCACAACCGAGUAUACCACUGGAGAGGUUGUAGAGGCCCGAUUACUUUUUCUCUUUAGUGAUGUUAUUUGCGUGUUCGUGGACGACUUCUCCGGCCUGGAUCAGGUGGCAGAACGGAUUGUCCGUUGGGUUCGCAUAGGCAGUGCAUCCAGCCACCCCGAAGCGCUUCGUCCUCGACUCAUUCUCGUUGUGUCCGAAAAAACGCUCGAUAAAUCAUUCAGCGAUCUCCGCCUAGAGGAAUUCCGACAUGAACUUUAUGAGCGAUGUGAAGAUGGUUUGGCUAAGGUCUUCUCUGGAGUACAGGUCAUGCAGUUAGGAGGUGACCACCUAUCACCUCUUGCACGUCACUGUAGGCUGAAAGAUAUGAUGCGAGCGAACGUUUCAGAGAUGUCCAAUCUACGUCAGAAACAUAUGGCUGCAUUCUCAGCAUCGCACCUGAAGGAAUUUUUUGUAGCAUCGGUGCAGCAUCUUGCCGCAACUGUUGAUACGACUCUUGACUUCAUAACUACUAGCCGCGUUGGAAAUGAGAUAAGUGGAGACCUGUCCUACCACCUUUACACAUUUCUAGUCCUCGGCACUACCUACAAGAUCCCCUACGACCAACUUGCUUCCUACAUCAGCUCUGCGUUGCUUAUGGACGCUUUUCCACCUGGAAUGCAUUUCUUUGACAUUGAUCAGCUAUUUCAUCAGCUUUAUCGAAACCACUGCUUUGAUGCGUUUCUGAAGGUAGGUAGAUCUGAUUCGUUUGCGAAAUAUCAGUGUGAUCAGGUUCAAAGACAUAUUGCUGUUCUUGCGGAAGAGCUUCAAAAGGGAUCCAUUCGAUCGUCCCAUCUUCAUAUCGCAAAUAUCAGUAACAAACACAGACAUUUUUCUAGUCUGAAAUCCAAUGUUUCCUGCCUCUAUUGCCUCCGUCGAAAACCAGAGCACGUGUUAUCCUGUGAUCAUUCAGUGUGCGAAAAAUGCGUUCGGAUUUUUGGCAUUGGUGUAAGCGGCUCAGAACAGCGAUUCAUGCUCACUGGUUGUAUCUUAUGUCAAAAUCUUGGUUCUCUUUCUGUCAGCCUAAAACCACCAACGGCCGGCGUUCGGAUUAUGAGCAUCGAUGGCGGCGGAACACGCGGAGUGCUCCCUCUCCAACAUAUGCUACUGCUUCAAGAGGCGGUCGGGGACUGCCCAUUGAAUGAUUUAUUCGAUCUGGCCGUUGGAACAAGCUCUGGUGGUUUCAUUGUGCUCGGGUUAUUUUCAUUGGGCUGGGACGUGAAGAAGUGCAGUGCGACGUUUGACGCUCUUGCGAGGCAGGUUUUUGGCGAAACGUGGGAGACCCAGCGAACGAUCCUGGGACGGGCCAAGGAAUUGUUCUCGUGGUGGGCGGCCGAUGGAAAGCAUGAUCCAAACUUGCUUGAGUCGACAUUACAGAAUCACUUCGGUCCUACCCGACGCAUGUUUGGCUCACAACAUGGACGAUCGUCUGGCCCUAAAGUCGCAGUCACGGCAACAUCAAUUUCUGAUGCCACACCUUUUAUCUUUACUAAUUAUAACGGCGUGAUGGAUAUACCAUCAGACUGUGGCUACAGAAUGAUUCGCCCGUGGAAAAUCGACGAAGAGCCAUUUUUGUGGGAGGCAGGUAGGGCUACAUCAGCAGCACCUUUACUAUACCGUCCGGCAAAUAUCACUGCCCUUGGAGCUUUCCAGGACGGUGGACUCAAGUACAACAACCCGGUUAACCUUGCACUAUGGGAGAGCCGGCGUAUAUGGCCAGAGAGCGCAUCACCGGAUAUUGUCUUGUCAUUCGGCACAGGGACCGAAUCUUGGAGCAGAUCAUCUCAUGCACCGCAUUUCCGGCAUAUCCUGAAUGAUGGUUUUAUCCCUCGAACCUGGCGAUCUUUCAUGUCUUCUCUUGAUGGUGAAAGCACUUGGAAGAACUUGAAAAACCACUUAAGCGAAGGAGCGAAGACACACUUCUUUCGUCUUAAUCCAGUGUUGCCACAUGAUGCCUCAAUAGACGACGUGAGCGGGAUGGACGCUUUGCGUCGCAUUGUAAAGAAAUCAGACAGGUGCAUUGAGAUUGCAAGAGCAUUACUGAUAUCCAAUUUUUAUCUGGAACUGAGAGCCAUGCCAUCUUACGAAGCAGGUCAGUAUCGAUGCCAUGGGACUAUCCGAUGUCGCGGGCGGAGCUACACUACUGUGCAAGCAUUGAAACGCUUAGGUUUGACCAGGUUGCAAUUGGUCUCUGAAUUGGAAUCCUUAGGAUCCUGCGCCCUGCAGCGCGAUAUCUGCCCUCUGUGCCACUGCUAUCGAUGGCCAGUUACUUUUGUGGUGCGUCACCUGGACGAACCCUUCUCAUUGUACUUGAGGGAAGAAGGCACAUACAAAAGGCGACUGGGAGGCUUCCCCAACAAUAUCAGAUGGUUUAUCAAACAGCAAGCAUUGAACGCCAAAUUUGGAACUGCAGAUCAUGGGUCAAUGGGUCAGUCAAGCUGCAACCUGUGCGCCAAGUUGUUGAUGACCUUCGAGAUGCGGAAACGAGGAUGUGAUAUUCCAUUGGAGACAAUGUCAAAGAGACCCCGACUUACGUUGACGGUGCCUCAAGAUGUUCAUUUCUUCCAGAGCACAUUCACGUAG